CCAUCGAAUUCACUUGAAAAUGGAGCCAAAUUUCAUCGCCACAAAUUAUCUCACACAUCAGAAAUCGUCGUGUUCCUUCCAGGAGUUUUUCUUCUGUAAAAAAUGGAGUCCCUAAAAUCCUCGUUUCUCUACUCAUCACCGUUCAUCAACCCGCCUCCGAAAACCCGUAAGCUUAAAAAACCACUACCUCCCACAAUUCUCUGCUGCCUGAAACCCGACCCGUGGACACUCAGCUCGGGCAAUCCCAAAAACCUCGACAAACCAAAACCCAAGUCCAAAAACCAGAAGAACCCACUGUCAGACGACAACGCCCGCCGCAUAAUCAAAGCCAAAGCCCAGUACCUGAGCGUACUGAGGCGAAACCAAGGCUCACGCGCGCAGACUCCCAAGUGGAUCAAACGAACCCCUGAGCAGAUGGUGCAGUAUCUGGAGGACGAUAGGAAUGGGCAUUUGUACGGCCGCCACGUGGUGGCGGCUGUUAAGCGGGUGAGGAGCACUUCCGCCUUGCGCGAUGGGGAGUACGAUAUGAGGGAAGUGAUGUGCUCGUUUGUUGCUAAGCUUACUUUUAGAGAGAUGUGUGUGGUGUUGAAGGAGCAGAAGAGUUGGCGCCAAGUUAGAGAUUUCUUUGCUUGGAUGAAAUUGCAGUUAAGCUACCGACCAAGCGUUAUAGUCUACACAAUCGUUCUACGUGCGUACGGCCAAGCUGGAAAAAUCAAGCUCGGUGAAGAUACUUUCUUGGAGAUGCUUGAAGCAGGGUGUGAACCUGACGAAGUUGCUUGUGGGACCAUGUUGUGUUCGUACGCUCGAUGGGGUCGCCACAAAGCUAUGCUCUCGUUUUAUUCUGCCGUACUGGAGAGAGGGAUAAUGCCUUCAGCUGCUGUUUUCAAUUUCAUGCUUUCGUCUUUGCAAAAGAGAGCACUUCACGGUGACGUUGUAUACGUUUGGAGGACUAUGCUUGAUAAAGGGGUCGCCCCAAAUCAUUUUACGUAUACAGUUGUGAUUAGCUCACUUGUGAAAGGAGGUAUGGCUGAAGAAGCUUUGAAGACGUUUAAUGAGAUGAUUAGUGCAGGUUUUGUGCCUGAAGAGUCGACUUAUAGCCUUUUGAUCAAUAUGAGCUCCAAAAACGGUGACGUAAAUAAAGCCCUUAAUUUCUAUGAAGAUAUGAAAUUCCUUGGAAUAGUACCGAGCAAUUUCACGUGUGCUUCACUCCUGGCGUUGUACUACAGAACUGCAGAUCAUUCAAAGGCUUGUUCGCUUUUCACUGAAAUGGAGAGGUAUGGUGUUAUUGCCGAUGAAGUUAUCUAUGGGUUAAUGAUUCGAAUAUAUGGUAAAUUGGGUCUUUACGAGGACGCGCAGAAAACCUUUUUAGAAAUCGAGAGAUCGGGCAAACUUAGUGAUGAAAAGACGUAUACAACAAUGGCGCAAGUCCAUCUCAGUUUUAGGAAUUUUGAGAAAGCUUUGGAUGUAAUGGAGAAAAUGAAGAGCAAUAAUGUUUCUUACACAAGGUUUUCUUACAUCGUGUUGCUCAAAUGCUAUAUAGUAAAGGGGGACCUUGCAUCUGCAGAAGUUGCAUUUGAGGCUCUUUCCGAGACUGGAAUUCCUGAUGUACUUUCUUGUAAAGAUAUGCUCAAUCUCUAUAUAAGACUCGGUUUGUCUGAAAAGGCGAAAACUUUUAUUGCCCAGAUAAGGAAAGAUCGAAUUGAGUUCGAUGAAGAGCUUUUCAUGACAGCCAUGAAGGUUUAUUGCAAGGGAGGCAUGGUAAGAGAAGUGGAACAACUGAUAGAGGAGUUAAGUGCAAGUGAACAUUUGAGUGUUCCGUUUGUUCAGAUAUUUUUAAUGGCCAUGAACGGACAAUAUGAGAAAUGGUUCGAGCCCUUGGACCCGUCUGGAUUUGUAGCAGUUGAGCUGAUUCUGACACUUUUUUUGGCAACUCGAAAUGAAAAAAAGAUGAAAGAAAAACUCGUGUUUUUGCUGAAGACCAAAAAUGGCGAGUCAGUAGCCAACAAAAUGAUUAGCAAAUUUUCCAAAGAGGGUGACAUUUUGACCGCCGAAUAUCUUUACGAGUUAAUGAUAGAACAUGGUUGUGGAAUAGAGGAUGCUGCUAAGGCAUCUAUGAUUAUCCUAUAUGGGAAACAAAAAAAUUUAAAACAAGCCAAGAAAGUCUUUGCUGGUGCGGAAGGUUCUGCUACAAAUGAAAAUGUUAUAUAUAGUUCGAUGAUUGAUGCGUAUAUCGCCUGUGGUAGAGAAGAGGACGCUUACUUGUUUUAUAAAGAACAGACAACGAAAGAACAUAAAUUCGGUCCUGUUUCUAUUAGCGUACUCGUGAAAGCUUUGACCAGCUAUGGUAAAUAUUGUAAAGAGGCGGCGGAAGUUAUUCAUAAUAGUUUUAGCGAGAAUUUGGAGCUUGAUACUGUGGCGUACAAUACUUGCAUUAAGGCAAUGUUAGAAGCAGGGAAACUUCGUUUUGCUGUCAGCAUAUACGAGCGCAUGCUUUCUUUGAACAUUUCUCCAUCAAUUCAGACGUAUAAUACCAUGAUCAGUGUCUACGGACGAGGCCGAAACCUGGAUAAAGCUGUGGAGAUCUUCAACUUGGCUCAGCGCACCGGUGUGGCUUUGGAUGAGAAGACGUACACUAACAUGAUUUGCCACUAUGGAAAAGCUGGCAAUGUUCACGAAGCGUCGGCUUUAUUCAGUAAAAUGCAAGAGGAAGGGAUAAAACCUGGGCAGAUGAGCUACAAUAUUAUGAUGAACGUAUAUGCUGGGAGUGGGCUCCACCACGAAGCAGAACAACUUCUGCUAAGCAUGCGGAAGAAUGGCUGUUCACCUGAUUCUCGUACCUACCUUGCCGUUAUCAGAGCGUGUACCGAGAAAUCGAGAUAUUCCGAAGCAGAAGAAAAGAUAACGUUAAUGCACAAGGAUGGAAUCUCUUUAUCUUGUGGGCAUUUUAACCUCUUGAUAUCAGCUUUUGCUAAAGCAGGAUUAAUCGGAGAAGCUGAUAGGAUAUACAGGAAAAUUAUCUCGACUGGAUUAAGACCCGAUAUCGAGUCCAAACGGAUAAUGCUUAGGGGUUAUUUGGAUUAUGGGCAUGUGGAAGAAGGGAUAUGCUUCUUCGAGAGGGAGUGCAGUACAGUGGGUCCCGACAGGUUUAUUUUGAGUGCAGCGGUCUGUUUUUAUCGUUCGGCCGGUAACGAAUUUGAGGCGGAUGAGAUUUUAAAUUCUAUGAACAAAUUGGGAGUUGCAUUCUUGAAUAAUCUUGUAGUUGGAUCAAAGAUAAAAAUCAGUUGAUUUAUAUGAUGACGACCCCUUCGAUCCGA